AUGUCGCGGAAAGCGGAGUCAUUUGAUUUCAUGUUUCCAACACCCGAACGAAGGCGCAGACUGCCUGCAAAUUGUCGAUGGCCGCUAUCUAUCGCCCUCGUGGCCGUCACAUUGAUCGUCAUCUACAUCGCAUACCAUAACCCAUCCUUGAGCGAUUCGAAUAUUCUAUCUGACUACUCUCGCGAAGAAGUGAAACCAUCCUCGGAUUCUCGCCAUGGUGGUGACCUGAAUCGCUUAGUCGCGCAACUCUACAAACCGUUCCUCCAUCCCAUCGACGCCGAAGUGUUUAUCGGUGAAGAUGAAGUGGAAUACAAAAUAGCCCAGAACCCGCCUCGCCUCACAAAGUCGCUUGGACGGAAGAUUUUGUUGCUUGAUGUCGAUACUCGUGCGUUUAAUAGCGAGGGUGGCAUUAUGAAUGAGCAUAUUGAUUAUCAUGCCCUUUCGCCGCAUACCGCGGGCAUGUUGAGUCAUUACUUAUAUGCAAUGAUUCACGGCUACGACUACAAAUUCAUCCAAUCCCCCACCUACACCGACCGACACGCAACCUGGGUCAAAGUCCCCAUGAUCCGCGAAGCCCUCAAAACUUAUGAUUACGUCGUGUUUAUGGACGCCGACGCCGUCUUCCAUUACCACCACCUUCCACUUGAAUGGCUCUUCAAUCACUGGAACGUCACCGACGAAACCAUGCUCGCCAUGGCCCUCGACCCUGACGCAGACUUCAACCGCGACGAGCGCGGAAACACCAACCUCAACACAGGCUUUAUCAUCGCGCAGGCCAGCGACCGCACCACACAAAUGUUUAAUACCUGGGAAGACUGCGUGACCGACGAGAAGUACGCCAACUGCUCCAAAUGGCGGUAUCAAUGGAGCCACGAACAAGCCGCGUUCAGCAACUACCUCCGCUACGAGUACAACCGUCCCAAUGAAGUUAUUUCCCUGCCCUGUGCGGAAGCGAAUGGUUAUCCCAGCAAAGCUGAGGUGGGUUGCAAGGGCGAAUUUGUGCGUCACUACUGGCUAGAUAAGGGUGCCACGGUCGGCGCAUUACAAGACGCUGUUACUCAAUAUGCGACGUUGAGGCUACACGAUCAGUUCCAUAGACAUAUGGAUCGUACCGUUGUCAAUGCGACUGGUUCAACGCUACCGUUGAGAGAUGGAGAGACGGUUGUUGUGUAA